AUGGCCAAUGAGAACGUUACAUCUGUUACUGAAUUUAUUCUUUUGGGACUGACUGACCGUGCUGAGUUGAAGGUUGUGCUUUUUGUGCUGUUCAUGGUAAUUUAUGUCAUUACCUUGGUGGGGAAUCUGGGCAUGAUUUUUUUAAUCCAAGUCACUCCCAAGCUCCACACAGCCAUGUACUUUUUCCUCAGCUGCCUUUCAUUUGUGGAUGCCUGCUACUCAUCUGUUAUUGCCCCCAAAAUGCUGAUCAGCUUCGUGGUUGUGAGGGAAACCAUCUCAUUCUCUGCCUGCAUAGUGCAGCAUUUGUUUUUCGGGGUCUUCAUCACCACAGAGGGCUUCUUGCUGUCGGUGAUGGCAUAUGACCGUUAUGUGGCCAUCGCGAAUCCUUUGCUCUACUCUGUGGCCAUGUCUCAGAGGAAGUGUGUAGGGCUGGUCAUGGGAUCAUUCAUAGGUGGAAUGAUUAACUCACUGACACACACCAUAAGCCUCGGGAGGUUGUCCUUCUGUGGGUCCAAUGUGGUUGGCCACUUCUUUUGUGAUGUUCCCCCCCUGCUAAAGCUGUCAUGUUCUGAUACCUCCUUGAAUGAGCUGCUGCUCUUAAUCUUCUCUGGGGUCAUUGCCAUGGCUACCUUUUUGGUCGUGAUCAUUUCCUACCUAUUCAUUGCUGCUGCCAUCCUGAGGAUCCGCUCAGCAGCGGGCAGACAGAAAGCCUUCUCCACCUGUGCCUCUCACCUGGCUGCCGUGACCAUAUUCUAUGGUACAUUAAGUUUUAAUUACAUUCAGCCAAGUUCCCAGUAUUCUGUGCAACAAGAGAAGGUGGUUUCUGUGUUCUACACGCUAGUAAUUCCCAUGUUAAACCCACUGAUUUACAGCCUGAGAAACAAAGAGGUAAAGGAAGCUGUGAGAAGGGCCAUAGAAAUGAGGCCUUUCCUCUGUUAA